AGAAAGUUGUAAAUCGAAUUAAUAAAAUAUAAAAAAAUAUCCUUAAGUCAAAUUUAAGACAUAAAAUGGCACGCAAAAAUGCCCAGGCCGAGGACCUCUCGAACGUUGAGUUUGAGACCAGCGAAGAUGUGGAGGUUAUUCCUACUUUCAAUGCCAUGAAUCUGAAAGAGGAGCUGCUACGCGGCAUAUACGCGUAUGGCUUCGAGAAACCAUCCGCAAUCCAGCAGCGCAGCAUUAAGCCCAUAGUCAAGGGACGCGAUGUGAUUGCUCAGGCUCAAUCUGGUACGGGCAAAACGGCCACAUUCUCAAUUUCCAUUCUACAAAGCUUGGACACCACACUGCGCGAGACACAAGUCUUGUGCUUGUCUCCCACGCGCGAAUUAGCUGUCCAAAUACAAAAGGUGAUUUUAGCUUUGGGCGACAUGAUGAAUGUGCAAUGUCAUGUGUGCAUUGGCGGCACGAAUCUUGGCGAGGACAUACGCAAGUUGGACUAUGGCCAGCACAUUGUAAGUGGAACACCAGGUCGUGUAUUUGAUAUGAUUAAACGGCGCGUGCUACGCACAAGAGCUAUAAAAAUGCUAGUGUUAGACGAAGCUGAUGAGAUGUUGAAUAAAGGAUUUAAAGAGCAAAUAUAUGAUGUAUACCGCUAUUUGCCGCCUGCAACACAGGUUGUGCUUAUCUCUGCUACAUUGCCGCACGAAAUUUUGGAGAUGACGUCCAAGUUCAUGACAGAUCCCAUAAGAAUUUUGGUCAAACGCGAUGAGUUGACCUUGGAAGGAAUUAAGCAGUUCUUCGUGGCCGUAGAGCGUGAGGAGUGGAAGUUCGAUACGCUUUGCGAUCUCUAUGACACAUUGACCAUCACUCAGGCGGUCAUAUUCUGCAACACAAAGCGCAAAGUGGAUUGGCUAACGGAGAAAAUGCGGGAAGCCAACUUCACAGUGAGCUCCAUGCAUGGCGACAUGCCACAGAAAGAACGAGAUGAGAUUAUGAAGGAAUUCCGCGCCGGUCAGUCACGUGUGUUAAUCACCACGGAUGUGUGGGCGCGCGGAAUUGACGUCCAACAAGUCUCAUUAGUUAUCAACUACGAUUUGCCCAAUAAUCGCGAGUUGUACAUUCAUCGCAUCGGUCGUUCUGGGCGCUUUGGACGAAAGGGUGUGGCUAUUAACUUUGUAAAAUCCGACGAUAUUCGUAUCUUGCGCGAUAUUGAGCAAUACUAUUCGACGCAAAUCGACGAGAUGCCCAUGAAUGUGGCUGAUUUAAUUUAAGUUUUCUUGGGUAUAUUGGUUUUUAUACGGACAUACCUAACAAAAUUUCUUUUAUAAAUAUAUUAAUACUAAUUACAACCCAUGAAGUAAAUACGAGUACAUUUGGAGAGUAUUUGGAUUUUAAUGCACAACCAAAAUCUGUUUAGUAAUAAUAAAUAAUAUUUACUAAAA